ACUUGAUAUUAGAUCUCACAAAACCAAAUAUCAUAAUGGAGUCUUCCUCUUGGCCGGAAAGUUUACCAAGCAACAGGAUCAAAACCAUACAGGAGCUUACAAAAGGUCAAGUAUUAACCAAUAACCUUCGUGAAAUGAUUGGUCAGUCUGAAAAAAUCGAAUCUGAUAUCAAAUCGGUCAACGGUGUGGUGGUACAAAUCUUGGGGAUGUUUGAUAAUACCCUUUCGAUCAUGGACUCUUCUAACUUGAUCAGCGAACCUCAUAAUCCAAUUAACGAUUUGAGACCUCCAAACAUCAAGGGCGAUCAGAAGCCAAAAGUUUCUGAAGUUUCUGAUGAAAGCAUCAAGACUAAGACACUCAUGAAAAAGAAAAGAGGAUGUUACAAUAAAAGAAAAAAUGCUUGGAUAAGUACAAAUGUUACUUUUGAUUUGAUUGAUGAUGGAUAUGCUUGGAGAAAGUAUGGUCAAAAAACUAUUCUUAACUCGAAACAUCAAAGGAACUAUUUUAGGUGUAGUCACAAGUUUGAACAAGGGUGUCAAGCAACCAAACAAGUCCAAAAGAUCAAUGAUAAGCCUUCAAAGUACAAGAUAACAUACAAUGGACGCCAUACUUGCAAUAAUUUACAAAGAUCUCAAAUCAUUGUGGAAACUCCAAAUCCUAGUGAUAACUCGAUCCUGAUUAAUUUUGAAACAAAUACCUUUACAGAGAACAAUAAAGUCAAUACUUGUUUCCCAUCAAUGGAACAUACACAUAAAGAAGGUUUUCCUUCUUUAGGUCAUCUAAAAUGCAAAGAAGUUUCUUCAUAUGAUUAUCAUACUCUAUGGGAUCCAACUGUAGGUCUCUCACAAGUUUCAUCCAAGUCUAUGCCUUUGAUGUCAUAUGGAGAAGAUUAUGAAGUUUCAUACUCGCCAGGGGUAUUUUCAUCAACAUGUAGUACACAUGACUAUGAGAAUGAUACGACUGAAGGCCAUGAUCUUGAUGAUUUCUUCUUUGAUUUUUGAGCUAAUUACUUUUCACGACAUUACGUAAUUUUCAACUUAUCAAGUCGGGGGUCUCACUGGAAGCAGUCUCUCUAUUCCUACAGGGUAGAGGUAAGGCUGUCUACAUCUUACCUUCCUUCCUCAGACCCUCUCUUAGCUUUGCUAUUGGUGGAAUUUACUGAGUAUGAUGAUGAGCGUGAUGUAAUUUUCAACUUAUAAAAUGCGUUAAUAGCUCAAUUUGGUUAAACUUGAAUUGUCCCCUUUUCAUAAUGAGACUAAUUAUUCAAGGCAGCGCCUACUUUGCAUUUAGGUCCCCAUGACACAAUUCAAGUCAUCAUGUCGAUAAGUCGAUUGUGUAUAUUUAUUGUUGUUCGCUUUAUUGUAUAUAUUUAGUCUGUUAGUCUGUUACACCUUUUUUACACAUUGAAGUAUACAAUUAAAACUUAAA